AUAUAUAGAGCUGCUACCACAAAUCGCUACAUAUGCACUUCACAAAUCACAGUCAAAUUUGAGAGAGAGAGAGAGAGAGAGAGAGAUGGAAGUGAUGCAAAUACUUCACAUGAACAAAGGGGAAGGAGAGACUAGCUAUGCAAAGAAUUCAACUGUCCAGAGGAAAAUAAUGUCAUUUGCAAACUCAAUAAUUGAGGAAGCUGUAGUAGACAUGUUAUGCAGCAGCAACAACAACAACAACUUUUUCCCAGAGAGCAUAGGCAUUGCAGACCUGGGUUGCUCAUCAGGACCCAACUCAUUGGAAGUGAUAUCGGAGAUUAUAGAUAUAGUAUACGCCACAAACCACCGUAUGGGUCGACCAUUACCGGAGUUGAGGGUGUCAUUGAAUGAUCUUCCCGGGAACGACUUCAACUACUUAUUUGAGUCGUUGCCGGAGUUCUACAGCAAGUUGAAGGAAGAGAAAGGUGGCUGUUUCGACCGCUGUUUUAUAUCGGGGAUGCCGGGUUCUUUCUACGGCAGGCUGUAUCCGAGCAAGAGUCUGCAUUUUGUUCACUCCUCUUCUAGUCUCCAUUGGCUCUCUCAGGUUCCACCAAGUCUGAAGAGCAAGGUUAGCACACACCUAAACAAAGGAAAGAUUUACAUAUCAAAGACGAGCCCGAAAUGCGUAUUGGAGGGUUACUCAUCGCAGUUUCAGAAUGAUUUCUCCAAGUUUUUAGAGUCUCGUUCCGAAGAAAUGGUUGGGGGAGGACGCAUGGUGUUGUCAUUCAUGGGAAGGAGAUGUGCAGACCCUUGUACUGAAGAGAGUUGCUACCACUGGGAACUCUUAGCUCAAGCUUUAAUGUCCAUGGCUUCUCAGGGCCUAGUUGAAGAGGAAAAGCUCGAUUCCUUCAAUGCCCCCUACUAUGCUCCAUGCCCAGAAGAAUUAAAGGCAGUGGUCCAAGCAGAAGGCUCAUUCAUCAUAGAUCGUUUGGAGGCCUUUGAAAUUGAUUGGGAUGGUGGUCAAGUCUCAAGCAAUUCUUCUUCUGUAGCCCAAGACCAGAAGACCGGGUUCGAACCAAUGCUGUCAAGUGGGCAGAGAGUGGCUAAGACCAUUCGAGCCGUGGUUGAGUCCAUGCUGGCAUCUCAUUUUGGAAGAUCAAUCAUGGAUGAAUUGUUUAGGAGAUACAGUGAGAUUGUGGAUGAUCACUUGUCCAGAAACAGAACCAAGUACAUUGAUUUGGUUGUUUCCUUCACAAGAAAGCCCUAAUCAAUGAAAUCAAAACGAUUGAACACAACACAGAAAUCAGGCACAAAAAAUAAUUGGAUGUCUUUUCUGUGUUCAAUUCUAUAUUUGUUUCGUAUGUUUCUAGAUAAACUUUUUUUGUUUUUUUUUUGUUUUAGAAGUAAAAUUAUAAAUAAAUGAACUUACGUAGUUGUGUUUAUGAUAAGAAAAUCAAGUAAUCUGCGUGCAACA